GAGCUACAUCCAUGAUCCAUAUUUCAUAAAAACAUCUCCCUCUUUUCCUUUUUAUCAACAAUCAUUGGUCGAGUUAGCACACCUCUCUCCUUCUCUCUAGACUUUUCUAUGUUACCUUUCUUUAACUUAUCGUUCCAGUCCAGAUUCAGAAGUUGAAACGACCAAAAGAAGAACGAUGAGCAACAGACGUUACCACAGGAUGAAAAUCAUGUUGUAUUUGGCUUAUGACAGAGGCAGUGAAAAGAAAGGGCUUAUUUCCAAGACAUGGGAACGAUGCAAGUCAUUUCGUGGUGGUGGAGCCAAUAGGUCAUCUAAGAUCAAACGACCUUUCCUCAAGAAAAGUAGAUCAUGGCCUCCGAUAGAUGCAAAAGAAGGAAAAGCGCUUAAUAUUGCUCCAAAGGGUUGUUUCUCAGUCUAUGUUGGGCCUCAAAGACAAAGGUUUGUGAUAAGAACUGAGUAUGCCAAUCAUCCGCAGUUUAAAGCGUUUCUUGAAGAAGCUGAAUGCGAAUAUGGAUAUAAAAAGGAGGGGCCACUUGAGCUUCCAUGCGAGGUCAAUGAUUUCGUAAAGGUUUUGAUGGAAAUGGAAGAUGGUAACGUGAUUAGCGGUGUUAAAGGAUGCAUAUUUGGUUUGAAAGGAGAUCAAUAUGAAUCCCAUCAUUAUCACAAUCAAUGUAAAAUUGGAAACAAAUAGUAUUUUGGAUUAAUUUAAACGAAAUCGGUUUUUAUUUAUUAACUUGAUUGGUAGUUUCUUAUUGUAGAGAAUCUUGUUUUGGUUGUAUGUGAUUAAAAAAUAUUUAAAGA